CGCACAAUGUCGACAUUCUGGGGAUACAUCUUUGAGGGGCUGGUGUUUGGGACCAUAUGGGUGUGGUGGAUGCUCAACACCUUUGUUGGUGUCAUCAGGUGUCAGAAUGAAGGCAAAUCAUUUAUUCCAAGACUCAGCUACCCAGUACCCGGCACGAAGAUACCCAUUGAAACAUUCGCCAAGCUGGCGCUCUCCGGGACCGGUUUCCUAGCAACGGUCUUCUACGACGGCGUGUCAUUGGUGGACGAAGGCGGAAACUACCGGAAAAUGCCGAUCGUCAUCACGAUGUCCAUAUAUGGGAUAUUCCUCGUGCAUAGCAUCGUGGAACUUCUGCUCUGGUGCGGGGUGCCUCUCAUACGGAACAGCGAUUACGUCACCGGUGCUCUCGGGUUUUUCUGGUACUCGCUGGCUACCUUCUACAGGGCCAACGACUUCGGCCAUCAUGGUGCCGUGGUUGCCAUGGUGAAGACGUUUCCUCUGUACCCGCUGUUCGCCAUCGGCGUCUCCCUGCUGGUGGAGGCGGAGAGACGGCGGGGCUACUGGUGCCAGAUGGUCCGCAUCGUCUGCCUGGGCGUGCUGGCAUCCUGGGACUUGAACGCUGCCUUCAUCCUGCACAGGGCCUCGCCUUUCCCAGGACCGAACCCUUCCCACUGGGACAUGGGAAAUCACGAGAACGCGGCCUUCAUUGGAGCAGCUUUCGGCGACCAUAUUUGUUUUCACCUCGUCUUUCUGACCUUGACCUACUUAAUGACAGCGGUGUACAUGAAGGUGAAGCACCGCAUGCGCAUUGAGUACCAAGCCGACUGAGGUGAGCGGUUAAAGAGUGACGUCCACUGAAUUUUACCCACUUUCCAGAACUUUCAACACGC